AUGGCGUCUGAAGUUUCGACCUGCACUGUUGGGAAAUUCUUGGAAAAUUAUCUUCCUAACCACGGAAUAGGGUUCGACGCGGUGGUUGGGGACCUAAAGAAGCAGAAGAUGCUUGUCUCUCGAGUCAGUCCUUUGGACCAGGAGCCUUCUUCGUCCCCAAGACGGCCGCCGUUCACCCAUACGUUCAAAUCCUUCAAAACUCUUUUUCGAUCUCGCACAACCAACCCCACCCGCGUCGUGAAGGCGCUACAAACAAUCGGUAAUGCCAUCCGUAAAGCCCUGGGGAAGACCCCAGACGGCGAGGUCAACGACCGUUUCGUUAGAGUUGAAGAUAACGUCGGAUUGGUCUCUCAUGGAUGCCUCACCCCGAGUGCAGAUGGCGCGCUGCCCCCCACCGAGGUUGUGGUGCCGAUGACAGUCGUUGCCGACAAUUGCGACUAUGCGUCGUCGAAUGAGGCGAAGGUUAAGCUGCUGUCCCGUGCCACGGAGAUCAUGAACGAGGACGCUCGUCGAAGGUUUUGUUAUGGUGUAACCUGUGAGGGGCCCGAGGUCACUCUCUGGCGCUUCUCCAGAUCCAUCGUCGUUAAAUCAACACCGUUCGACAUGACGGAGCAACCAGAACUUCUGGUCCAACUUUUCAUUGCUCUGUUCUCCGCCCCUCUCCACGACCUCGGAUAUGAUCCGUUGGUCACUUUACUUCCCGAUGGGAACUACAUCUAUCAGCUCCCUUCGUCGACACCGCUCUAUUUUAAAACCAUCCGUCCUAUCUGGGAUGUCCGCCCCACCUCCCUCUCCGGACGACGCACGCGCAUCUGGGAGGUUGAACAGGUGAUCUCGCCAGUUCAGCCAACCCGCAUCCCAGGGACUCCUACCAGGGCCCUGAAGGAUGUGUUCCUGUCUUCCAACGCGAGGACCGAAGCUGACAUUCAGGAUGAUCUUUUCGCUGAUAUAGCGAAACUCGGCCAGGAUUCCAAGUGGCGAUCCCGGCCGCUCCUCAAGGACUUUUCUCCAGCCGACCUUGAUAUGCUUGCCCGCACGCUAGAAGGCGAUCGCUUCAAGAACUAUUUCUCCUGCGUCAUUGCAAAUCACCUGGGGGAGGAUGAUCAGCUUGCGUCGGUCACUCCACCCACGUCUCCACCAAAGCGCCGGUGUCUCUUCUUGUACGAACGUGUCUGUACACCGCUCAACAACAUCUCCACACUCGGUGAAGCGGUAAAUGUUCUUAAGCAAUCGCUCAUUCCAUUACGGUUGAUGUUCUGUGCGGGUUGGGUUCACAGGGACGUCAGUCCAGGGAACAUUUUUGCUUUUCGAGCAACGGCGGACGCGCCCUGGCAGGUCAAACUGUCAGAUCUCGAGCAUGCAAAAAGGUUUCCCGACCCUGGAUCAAGCGAUGGGGAUCGAACAACGGGUACCCCCUACUUCAUUGCAUAUGAGGUCCUCGAUAGUCAACAUCUCUACCCUACAGAAGUCGACCCGGACCGGAUAGACCCCGAAGGGCUAGUUCCCCCUUUUCCUACCGCACCGGUCGUCCACAACUACCAGCACGAUUUAGAGUCCAUCUGGUGGAUUCUUCUCUGGUUGACGACCAUGCGGAUAAACCAAAACCUGCCCAGACAGUUUGGGCGACUUCAUUUCCAGCAGCGAGUCGAUCAAAUUUAUGCCCGAACGAGGGCUCUUCUACUCAUAAACCCCCUCUCACACGAACCCAAGGUGAAGGAGUCACUUCCUCCAGCACUGCACGGUUCGUUCUACAAACGCCUCAACAUCCUACGCCACAACCUUUACGCUGUUUACCUCAAUCGCAACAAGGAGGGAAGGUUCAAUGAGAUGGAGACUUUCUCGUGGAUCAUCAGCGAAGGGAUGCGGACCUUCUUCGACGGUGUCGAAGGAUGCAGGGAUCAAUGGGGUGGUAUUGAACUCAUCGUCGACACAGACGUACGUCAAAUGGAGGCUGGGAACAAGGUCGACAACCAUGUACAGGUGACUUUGCGUCCUGCCCAACCACCCACCGUCCAACGUCCCAAGAAACGUCAAAAUGUCGAAUUGGGAGAAGAGAGCAGAGCACCGAAGAGGCUGCGGCCUAUGCGUGGCGCCUGCGAUCCCCAGAGGAGCGGUCCAACGACACGGUCGAUGACGAGGAACGCUGGUCGGAUGACACGGUCUGCGACUCGACGUCUUCGGGAGGCCAAGCUACAGAAGCAGCGUAGAUAG